AUGAGAGUGUACCUUAAAGGCGAUCCUGAGGCAGAGGAUUUUUCCAAUUUACUUCUUCAAAUAGGAAAUGGAGAUUUACAUGAAGAUGAUGAUAAGAAAGUGAACAUUCCAAACAAUUUGUGUGUAGUCGUCAAGGAUCUAAAAAGUUUGAGUGAGCAAAUAUAUCUGAAUUUAAAUAAUUUUCAUUCAGAAAACCUGACUUGGCUUAACGAAAGAGCCAUUCUUACACCAAAGAAUGACACUGCAGCAAGCAUCAACGAUUCCUUAUUGGACCAGCUUCCUACUGAAAUGGUGAAAUAUCCAUCUGUGGACUCUGUUGUGGAGUUAGAAGAUGUAGUUAAUUAUCCUGUAGAGUUCCUUCAAACUUUAAAUCCACCAGGAAUUCCACCUCGCAAUCUAUGUUUGAAAAUUGGAGCUCCAAUAAUGCUAUUGCGUAACCUUAUACUUCCAAAACUUUGUAAUGGCACACGACUUCGGAUUAAGACCUUACAUAAAAAUGUAAUUGAAGCAACUAUCUUUACAGGCUGCGGUAUGAGAGAAACAGUUUUUCUACCAAGAAUACCUUUAAUUCCAGCUGACUACCACUUUCAAUUCAAACGGCUACAAUUUCCCGUAAAGGUAUGUUUUACCAUGACAAUUAACAAAGCGCAAGGACAGUCUUUGAAAGUGGCAGGAGUGGAUUUAAGGAAUGACUGUUUCUCACAUGGCCAAUUAUACGUAGCCUGUUCUCGUGUAAGCUCUCCUGAUAGUCUGAUAAUACUGUCUCCUGAAGGAAGAACCAAAAAUAUUGUAUACAAGGAGGUACUAUAA